CCUUGGCUCUUUUGCAACCAAAAAAGGAAAAGACAAUGGUCUUAAGAUAAAGAAUUCAAAAGGUUGAUUUCUCACUGACACUAGUUAGCUCAGCCAUUUCCCGCCAUCAUGGAUUAGGGUUUGCAAUUUGACUGAACCAAAUUAUCCCCAAUAUCAGCCUAAAUACGCAAAUUUCAGCCGGCGAACUUUAAAUUCAAGCAGUGAAACUAAUAAUUCUUUCAAAUUAUAGAAAAUGGCGGGUCAAUCAGAUCCUCAGUCGUCAGUUUUCUCAGCAGCCGAGAUGGAAUUCUUGGCUGAAGAUGAAAUAAUUGAAGUUGUACCCAAUAUGAGAAUGGAGCCUCUCAAUUUGAUUUCGGGUGAUUAUGGCCCCUUUCGCCCUCAAAUAGCAGCACAAGUACCCUUGUGGCUUGCUGUGGCAUUGAAGAAAAGAGGGAAGUGCACGAUUCGACCACCGGAGUGGAUGUCCAUUGAAAGUUUAACACAAGUUUUGGAAUCUGAGCGAGAUUCUCCAAAGGAAUUUCAGCCAUUACCUUUCCAUUAUGUGGAAAUUUCCCGGCUUCUUUUUGACCAUGCCAGGGAUGACAUACCAGAUAUAUACAUGGUGAGGUCUCUCAUUGAAGACAUUAGGGAUGUGAGAUUCCAUAAAGUCGAGUCUGGCUUAGAAACCAUAUCGGCACGAACACAUGCGGUGAAGCUCAAAAAUCUUUCUGCAAUGGAGGUGAAUAUAGUGCGCCCAUUUGUUGUGAGAACACUCCAGUCAUUCUAUAAGCACGACAGUCCAGAGAUGAUUCAACAACCAGUUCAGAUGUCCACUAGCCGACCACAAGCCACUGAUCGUGGGCCGAGAAGGGAUUUGCGUCGGCGGUAGGAAAAUAAAGCCCCGUGAAGAGAUUAGUUGAUCCUUUUUGCUGAUCAGUGGCCAUUGAAUAAACCAGGAAACGUUUGUCAAAGUCGGUAGAAAUUGAAGAUCAGCUAAGAUACAGGACUUCAAAUUAUUUUUGAUUGUUGUGUGUUGCACACCAACUUUUAUGGUGGUUUAUCUUUUGGAGAGAUGAUCAUGGACUAACUGGCUGUUAGCGGCUUUAUCCACCUGAUAUGAGUUGCCACUUUGUGCUUUUACUUAGUAUGGUAGUAUUCCUCGUAUGGUAUUGUUAUUUAAAACAAAGUUGCGGUGUGCUGGUUCUCUUAAUUGAAUUGUAUAAAACAACUUGAUUUUUGUAUU